AUGAUAACAAGAAGGGGUGCAGAUAGGGGUAGUAUGAUCACUGGUAAGAGCACUCACAAUCAGCGCAUCGAAAGGUUGUGGCGGGAUGUUUUUGAGGGUGUUUUGGGCUUAUAUUAUCAGUUAUUUUAUUUCAUGGAGGACAAAGGUAUUUUAGACCCAUUCAAUGACCUUCAUAUUGCUGCUCUUCAUCAUGUUUUCCUUCCAAAAAUAAAUGAAAAGUUGGAAUUGUGGAGAAAUGCCUGGUCCAGACACCGUGUAAGAACAAUGAAAUCUUCUCCACUGUGUGUAUGGCUUGCUGGUCAGCUGCAAAAUCCAGUUGGUCUUGAAGGCGAGUUUGUUGAUGUGGAACAGUAUGGCAUGGAGGGAGUCCUUCAUGAUGAAAGAGAUGAGGACAGUAGGCCAAUUUUUGAGAUGCCCCACACGCUCAGUGAUCAUUGUUUAGAAUCCCUUAGAAACCAAGUACCAUCAAGUUGGAACUCUAGCAACUAUGGGAUAGAUGUGUAUUUACAAGCACUAAGCAUUAUUGAAAAUUCUAAUGAGCACCAUUAA